AUGGCCCCCAGGCUUUAUCUCAAUGAAGGUAGAGAUAAAAAGUUGGUAUGUUGUCUUAACAGCCAUCAACAUCUAAAAAUUUUGACAGCGUUUAUGGAUGAAACAAGUUUCAAAUUUCAACAAUCCCUUUGCCUUGAUGAUCAUAGGCAAUCUAACUUUCAGACAAAAAAUAGUUGACCUUAAAUUCUUCAUACAUUCCAUUCUCAGUAUUUAUUAUGCAAUCAGUGGCUGCUACAUUACGUGUAACUCACAGUAAAUGUGUACCCAUCGAGUACAAAAUAAAUAACCUCAAAUUAUGUUAAUUUUGCUUUCUCUGUUAUUAUUUGUUUUCAUCUUCUCAUCCCCACUCCUCAUGAAAACCCUGUGUGAAGAUAUUUGUAGUUAUUAUUAUCAUUAUUAAUUAUUAUUAUUACAGUGUAUUAAUAUUAUUAUUAUUUUUUUAAUUAUCACUUGUGUUCAUACAUUUUAGAAAACCAUUGAAUUUGGGUGUGAGGCUUUUAAUUAUUAGUCAGAUCAGUAGAUCGGAGGUAGGCAGUGGAAUUGAAAAGAGUAAUGGUGGCUGAUGAUAUAUAUUUUUCUUGCUUUAUCAAUUGAUGUUUGAAGUUCUAAAUUCACACCCACUGGCCCGUAUCAAGCUCAGUAGUUGUGGUAAUUACGUUCUUAAACAUUGCAACAAAACAGUAACUGUCAGUGGGUUUUUUUAAGUGUUGUAUGUGUGUGACUCUCUUUUGCAGGACGUAUUUAGAACAUUUGAUGGCAACUACCUGGUAGAUAACAUUUUGGCCCAGCACAAUGGAACUUAUUCCUCAACUAAUAAAUUAAAAUGUACCAUCCUUGCUCCUCGUUAUUAUUUUUCGAAUGGUGCAUGUUUCAUUAGAGAGCUAGCAAAACAACUGGCCAAAUUUAAACAAGUACAAGUCAGCGUGUUGGUUCCAGAAGAUACUUUUUACAAUGAGUACGAGGAGAGAAAAGCCAAAGAGAUCGGAGUUACCAUUGUUAAAGCCAAGAAACAACCGGGUUUUUUUGACUCCAUUGAGUGGCUGAACUACCCACCAGCAGACCUCAAAACAGACAUUGUUAUUGGAGUUGGUGAGCAACUGGGUAAGGUUGCACAGAACUGGAAGAUGCAGUAUCAGUGCAAAAGCAUUCAAUUUGCCUGUGGAAAUGAUUGGGAAAGGGUGUAUUAUGACACUGGUAAUGGCUAUUUGGAGGGCGCAACUGUUAGGCAUAUUAAACGUUUCAGGGGGCUCUCCCUGUCUGCUGAUAUUCCUGUUGCAGUUGGACCAAAGACAGCGGAUAAACUGACUGCCUCCCUCCGUUCGAAAGGGAAACAAGUGUUUAGCUUCACUCCUGGAAUAAUCAGCCAAUUUAGUAGCUUGACCCACGCCACUAAGGAUGGAACAAAUUUCCGUGUUUUGUUUGUUGGUGGGAGUAAUCCUGACAAUUUUCAGGAAGAUGGGCUUGAACUUGCUGCCAAAACAAUGGCUGAGUUAAAUGAUAAAUCCUAUCACCUAAUUUGUGUUGGUGCAGGGAAAGAAACACAGCAGCAAUGUGCCAAUUUCUUUCAUCAGUCUGGUGUUCCUAAAAGGCAGUUUGAGAUGAGAAACCUUCCGCAAACUGAUGAAGAGUGGAAAGAUCUUUUUGGUGAGGUGAUCUCGCCAUCAUGCCAUCAGGUGAUGAGGAGUUUGGUUGGGACGCACUUCUUGCCUUAUCUGCUGGGCUUCCUGUGCUCGUCCACGAGGAGUCAGGAUUUGGAAAGGCUCUCAAGGUUGUCGAAUUUGGCCAAGCUGCCAUUGUGGAUUCUGAUGAUCCCAAAGAGUGGGCUUCAAGAAUCAAGAAAGUCAAAGAAACAGACAGGAAGACCAGGCUUGAGCAAGCUGCAUUGUUGCGUUCUAAGUACGAUGAGAAGUACAGCUGGGCAAAACAGUGUGGAGCUCUGGUUGCAAUGA